AUGGCGGACGAGAUGAAGUACGCCCAGGCCAAAGAGUCAGAUCGGCUCGCAGAUCCCGAGGUCUGCCAGAAGCGAGAGAGAGUCAGAGACAUCAUCACGUUCGUCAAACCUGCUUGGUACGACUUCGACUGCGACUAUCACGAGCCUGGAGCUUUCCUCGACCACCAAGCAAACACUUUCUACUUCUUCCCCAGCACCGCCCUCAUUCUGCUCAAGAGUUUGCCUCUUCGGUCCUACCAGUUCCCCCGAGGAUCCACACUGCCCCAGAUCCAUGAAGGUCUCGCGCACCGCUACAACAGAGAAAAUGAAGACGACCCGGUGUUCCAGACCCUGGAGGUUCUCCAUCUGAGAGAAUGCUUCGGCAUUCAAGUCCCAGAUCACGCUCACGACGAGGUGAUCAAGAUCGGCCUUCCGGACCCCGAUUCUGUGUCCGACAUGGGUGACGAGAUUCCAGUGGCCGCUUGGGCGGCGUUCGACGUCAAUGGAGAAGCGAAUCUCGAAAGCUGGCAGUGUUGGUUCGACCUUUUCCAGCCGAGCAAUGGCCCUACGCGGCAAGAUGCUGCCAGACUAUUCGACGACUGGUCGUGGGGCGUUGGUCCCUCGAGUGAAGCUCGGCAAUCGAGCCAAGUGAGCCCAUGCACGCGACCACGUAUCCAGCAUGUCGUUCCAAGCGAUACUAAUAGGACACCGUGUAUCCGGGGAGGUAUUGGCGGCGAUCCGGACGAGCGCCACGGCACCAUACGAGCUGAACCGGGCGCUCAGUGCUGCAACGACAAGGCAGGACAUACCUACCCCAAGUUGUCUUCAGAAAACUUAUCGGCGCACUGGCUGCGGGAACAUGUGAGCGCGGACACUGGCUCUAUGAAGGUCCUCGAGAAAUUCCCAAUGUACCCAGGAAAGCGCCAUCUUGUCGCGAAGCAGCUCUCCACUGAUCAUGCUUGUGUCCGCUGCGGCAUUCCAAACCCAAGGAUCUACAGACUGGCAAGAGAAAGCCGGCUCCAGGACAUGGGAACUCGUGGUACGGCGACACCCAUGUAUGAGCGUGAUGUUUGGUGGAAGGAGCGCGGGCACUGUCUGAAGAACGCUGAAGGUGAUGCGUAA